AGGAAGUGGUUCUGUAUUGUUUGGAAAACAAGGUGUGUGACGUGAAUCAUCGUACAACGCGGGUUACUGUGCCCUGCACGAGGCCUGUGCCAGGGGCUGGCUGAGCAUCGUGCGGCAUCUCCUCGAGUACGGGGCUGACGUCAACUGCAGCGCUCAGGAUGGAACCAGACCAAUCCAUGACGCGGUUGAAAACGACCACUUGGAAAUUGUCCGCCUGUUGCUAUCUUACGGUGCUGAUCCGACGCUGGCGACCUACUCUGGGAGGACCAUCGUGAAAAUGACCCACAGCGAGCUCAUGGAGACCUUCCUCACAGAGUAUUUAACUGACCUGCAAGGUCGAAGUGUUGAUGACCCUGGUUUGUACUGGGAUUUCUAUGGCAGCUCUGUGUGCGAUCCAAAAGAUGAAUCUGGAUUUGACAUCUUGGCGAAUCCUCCUGGGCCAGGUGAUGAAGAUGAAGAUGGCUUUAGCGACGUGUUUGAAUUUGAAUUUUCGGACGAGCCUCCCUUGCCGUGUUACAACAUCCAAGUGUGUCUCUCUCAGGGACCUCGAAACUGGCUUUUGCUCUCGGACGUGGUGAAGAGGCUAAAAAUGUCCUCUCGCAUCUUCCGCUGCAACUUCCCCAAUCUGGAAGUUGUCACCAUCACGGAGGCAGAGUUUUACAAACAGACUUCCCUCAGCCAGUUGUUCUCUUGCGCUACAGACCUCGAAGCUUUUAACCCGGAGAGCAAAGAGCUGUUGGACUUGGUAGAGUUCACGAGCGAACUCAAGACUUUGCUCGGCUCCUCGCUUCACUGGUUGCAUCCGCACGAGGACCCUCCCUUCGACAUCUGGUGAACCAUCAGGCCAUUUAAUGUACAGUGCUCUAUACAGUUACUUCUUUAUGUAUAUGUGUUCAAAUGCAAUUGUUUCUGUAAAGAAAGGACACUAUUAAAUAUGAAAAUAUCUUUCCUUUAUAUAAGAGAUCUGAAUUCCAGUUGGAUGGAUUUUGGAAGAAUUUUUUUUUAACUUCAAUCAGUUUUUACAAAAUUGUUAUAUAAUGUUUCUUUAAAUGCACACAGGCUUUGGGAUAAGUUUGUUAUUACUCGGAACACAUGUUUUUUUUUAAAGAACACACCCACACAUUGACUUUGUUUCGUACAAAGCACUGAUUACACGGAACAUACUUUUUCUAGGUGAUGUGAUCAAAGUCAUGUGGCUUGUUUGGGAGAUAGAAUUCAGUAAGGCACUUGGUGAUAUUAUUUUCGUUUUUUUGUUUACAGAUUUACCUGCUUUGGCCAGGUAAGCACUAUUGAAUAUAAUUCAAUAGUUUGUAAUAUAAAUUAAACCAUAUCCAUACACAUCAACUAAUUGUAAGAACUUUUAUAUCCUAAUUUAAAAGCUGUGAAAUUUAGUUUUCACACAUCAAACCGGAUUGUUUAUAUAUGUUUAAACAUUUUAUGCUCUUUAUUUAAAGAAGACUUUGAACUAUUUUUUCUGUACCUUGUAAAAUAUUGAAAAACUAACAUAUGUUGAAGUUGCUUGAAACUGUACAUAAACUAAAUUUUCUGAAUUGUGUGUUUAUGUUUGAGAUCUGUGUUUUAACUUUGUAAGUAAAUCUCCUGCCUUUGUAUUUAUAUUUUACAAAAAUUUUCUUAAAGGCAAUAAAACUGUUGAGAGAUGAAGA